AUGGGCACGAGCGAAGGUCCCCUUCUGGAGGCGGAGUUUGUAGACUCAGACCAGCUGGGCCUGUCAUUGUGGAGGGAGCCGCGGCAAUACGAUGCAGUGACCUGCAUGUUUGCCAUCCAUUACUUCUUCGUGACUGAGCGCGCUCUGGACACCUUCCUGCACAAUGUUGCCAUCAACUUGAAGGAUGGCGGGCACUUCUUUGGGACAUUCCCCAGUGGGAAGCGCGUGCAAGACACCAUCUUCAAAGCCAAAUCCUGGCCUCAGUUCAAGGCACCCAUGCUCAAACUGCAGGCGCUUUGGAAGGGCCAGGCUGCGCCCUUCGGCUGCGUUGGAGCUGCAGAGGGGUCCUAUGAGUAUCUUGUGUUCAACUCCACGCUCAUUGGAGUGGCUGCAAAGCACGGCUUGGAACCCAUCACUGACUGGAGGGACCCAGAGCUGGAUGACUGCUUUGAUGAGGCUGAUGCCCAGAAGCCUAUCAAGCACUUCCACCCCAGGUUCCCCAGCAACUCCGACCCGUCUCUAGCGCAGGCCAGCGCACUGUUCGCUGCGUUUGUGUUCCGAAAAACAGGGGUUCAAGGCAGCCGGAAAGAAGCGGAAGGAUCUGAGGCCUCAGAUAGAAAGCGGAAGCGAGAUGAGUCACAGACUGCCAGCACACCCCAGCCUCCCGCAAGUGUGAAACUAGACAGCGCAGCGCAGCGAGAUGCGGUCGACUGGGGCAAAUCUGAAGGCUCGCAGGCCUUGAAGGAAGCUGCCAAAGCUGUGUCAGCAUACAAACGCCCCAAGCCCAGGGAAGCCCGGACAGGUGCCCAGGAGAAGGGAUGA